GCGUCCGAGGGACAAAAAACCGAAAGCCAAGCCUUCACCACAAACGAAGUCACAAACGCCACUCUCACUCACCCUCCACCGUUGCACACGAACCCAAUCAUAAUUCUGAAAUCCAAACACAACCCAGAUGUUAAUUCUUCAGAGAAUGGCAAUGGCCACUUCUUCUUCUUCCUUCCUCUCAAUCCCUCUCCUAAAGAACUCUUCUUUCCUUUCCCCAGUUAAACACUGCGCUUCGCCACUGAGCUCCGAGUUCAGGGCUCUGUCCCUCUACGGCGGCAGAAAUGGAGUCUCCACCUCCUCGGCGAUGGCCACGGAUGCUCAGGUCUCGAACCAAGACGACAAAUUGAAGGUUGCCCAGAUGGAGGUAACUGAUAAGCCUGAGAAAGUCGUGCUUCCAACCAACGAGUCCUCCGACAGCCUCCUCAGGAUUCGACACACGUGUGCACACGUGAUGGCCAUGGCUGUUCAAAAGCUCUUCCCGGAUGCAAAAGUGACAAUUGGUCCGUGGAUAGAAAAUGGGUUCUAUUAUGAUUUUGAUAUGGAGCCUUUGACGGACAAAGAGUUGAAGAGAAUCAAGAAGGAGAUGGAUCGCAUCAUUGGUAGAAACUUACCACUCAUAAAAGAAGAAGUUUCAAGAGAUGAAGCUCACAAAAGAAUAACCGCUCUCAACGAACCUUACAAAUUGGAAAUUUUGGAAAGUAUUAAAGAAGAUCCCAUUACCAUAUAUCAUAUUGGUGAUGAAUGGUGGGACCUAUGUGCGGGGCCCCAUGUUGGAAAAACUGGAAAUAUUAACAGAAAAGCUGUUGAACUUGAGUCUAUUGCUGGUGCCUACUGGAGAGGAGAUGAAAAGAAACCGAUGCUGCAGAGGAUCUAUGGCACUGCAUGGGAGAGUGAAGAUCAAUUGAAGGCAUAUCUUCAUUUCAAAGAGGAAGCUAAACGUCGAGAUCACAGGCGCCUUGGUCAAGUUCUUGACCUGUUUUCUAUACAGAAUGAUGCUGGUGGGGGUUUAGUGUUCUGGCAUCCAAAGGGUGCUAUUGUGAGGCAUGUAAUGGAAGAUUUGUGGAAAAAGAUCCACAUAGAACGUGGUUACGAUCUGCUGUAUACUCCACAUGUUGCAAAGGCGAACCUUUGGCAGAUAAGUGGUCAUCUGGAUUACUACAAGGAGAAUAUGUAUGAUCAAAUGAAUGUUGAGGAUGAACUUUAUCAGCUUCGACCGAUGAACUGCCCCUAUCAUAUCUUGGUUUACAAAAGGAAGCCUCACUCAUAUCAUGAAUUUCCUAUUCGAGUUGCUGAGUUGGGAACCGUAUAUAGAUACGAAUUAUCUGGAAGCUUGCAUGGUCUUUUUCGUGUAAGAGGUUUUACUCAGGAUGAUGCCCACAUAUUUUGUCUAGAAGAUCAGAUCAAAGAUGAAAUUAGGGGUGUCCUAGAUCUUACUGAAGAACUUUUGUUGCAAUUCGGCUUCAACAAAUAUGAGGUCAAUCUCUCUACGAGGCCAGAGAAAGCUGUUGGAGAUGAUGAUAUAUGGGUGAAAGCAACAUCUUCCCUUAGAGAUGCUUUGGAUGAUAAAGGUUGGAGCUAUCAAAUUGAUGAAGGUGGUGGUGCCUUUUAUGGUCCAAAGAUUGAUCUUAAGAUUGAGGAUGCCCUUGGAAGGAAGUGGCAGUGCUCAACUAUACAGGUUGAUUUUAACCUACCACAGCGUUUUGACAUAACAUAUGUUGACUCAAACUCUGAAAAGAAGCGGCCUAUCAUGAUUCAUAGAGCUGUUCUUGGGUCAUUGGAGCGGUUUUUUGGGGUCCUUAUAGAGCAUUAUGCCGGGGAUUUUCCAUUAUGGCUUUCACCAGUACAAGCUCAUGUUUUACCAGUUACUGACUCUCAGCUUGAUUACUGCAAAGAGGUAACCAACAAACUGAAAGCAAAUGGUAUUCGUGGUGAACUUUGCCAGGGUGAACGCCUGCCGAAACUGAUUAGAAAUUCAGAGAUGCAGAAAAUUCCAUUGAUGGCUGUUGUUGGUGCCAAGGAAGUUGAAACUGGCACUGUUACAGUAAGAUCCAGGUUUGGUGGCGAUCUUGGCACCAUGCCAAUUGAUGAUUUUGUCAGUACAAUCAAGACGGCCAUUGAAAGCAAAGCGUCAAUUUGAUGUGCUUGCAGUUGGCUAAAGCCGAAGGGUGGUCUUCCUGUCGAUUUGGAAAGAUGUCUAGUCACUGGGAAACACAAAAAAUGAAACAGAUUCGAUAGCGUAAAAGCAAUUUUGUUGCAGUUGUACUUUACCAUAGCAGCAUUGUACCAAUUUAUUGUUUAGUCAGUGCCAAGAUUGGUCCAUCACAGUAGAGGUUGAAUCUGAGAGAGUUUAAAGUCGGUAUCGACGCAAAAUUCGUUACAGGCUGCAUUUGCCACUUAUAUUUGUAUAUAUUCAUAGACGGAAGGCACUAAUGUCAGCCAGAAGUUCAUUGACACUUUA